AUGAAGCCAAAGAAAUCGCCUCAGGGGAAAGGCAAGGGCUCGCCGAAAGGACAGGGCACCCUCUUCUCGUUCUUCUCCAAGACACCCGCAAAGGAGCCUCCAACCAAGCCUAAGGGGGAGGAGAAGGAGAAGGAGACUCCUACCAAGCCCAAGCCGAGCCAUGCUACCACGCCAAGCACCGCUGGAGCCAGCCCGGAGCAACCAAGCAAGGACUCCGAGAAGCUUUUGGGGAAGCGCAUCAAGGUGUUCUGGAGGGAUGACAACAAUUGGUACUUCGGCAAGGUCAUUGACUAUUACGAGGAUGGGAAGCACCUCAUUCACUACGACGACGGAGACAAAGAGAAGCUCGUUCUCAAGAAUGAAAAGUUUGAACUUGCGCGCGAAGUGAACGAGAGCGAACCAAAGCCACCCAAGAAGAAACGGGCCAAAGUGAUUCAAGACGACGAUGACGACGAGGCCGAAUGGAACCAGGAUGAGCUCGAAGACAGCGGAGGAGACGAUGGUUCAGCGUACGAGAACGAGGGCAACGAGAGCGAAAACGACGAUGCUGAGAGCGACGACUCCGAUGCUCCGGUGACACCGCGAGGGAAGAAGUCGACCCCGAGCAAGAAGAAGCGCUCAGGGCAGGCUGCCCCUUCUGGGCCUGGCGGAUCGGGAGCCAAAAGGCUGAAGAAGGCGUCGGACCUGGCAUCCUACGCCAUCACGGACACAGUAUCGCCAGGAAGCGGGGCGCGUGGUGCCACGGGAAACGCUUCAGGCCGGAGCCUUCAAAGCCCCGUCAGCACCCCGACCGUCCGCUCCAGCCCGCACAGCUCGCGCCCUUUCGUGGGCCUCAGCUCCCCCGCCUCCCCUCCAACCCCAAAGGCACCCGCGGGUAUCCCCCUUCCGGAGGGAGUGCUGGACACUGGCCGUCACUCGCAUCAUUCGUUUGACUGGCUCUACAAAAACCGCGUCGAUGCGAACCGACGGAGGCCAGAUGACCCACUCUACAACCCGCGCACGCUGUACGUACCGCCGUCAUUCCUCUCCAAAGAAACCCCAGCGAUGGUUCAGUGGUGGAAAUUCAAGAGCCAGAACAUGGACACAGUCUUGUUCUUCAAGGUCGGCAAGUUCUACGAGCUGUUUCACGUUGACGCAGACGUCGGGAUGCAGGAGCUAGAUCUCAUUUACAUGAAGGGUGAAAAGGCGCACAGUGGCUUCCCAGAGAUAUCCUACGGGAAGUUUGCUGACGGCCUGGUGUCCAAGGGAUACCGCGUCGCACGGGUCGAGCAGGUCGAGACGCCGGAUAUGCUCAAGGCCCGGAAUGCGUCGGUAGGCAGGAACGGGACUAAGGACAAGGUUGUGAAGCGCGAGCUGUGCAGCAUCCUCAGCCGUGGUACGCGGACUUACUGCUUCUUGGACGAUGUCUCCUCAACUCCGGACGGAUCUCCGCGUUCAGUGAACAUGAUUCUGUCAAUCAAGGAAACCGCGGUGGACGCGUUGAGUGAGUUCGACCCAGGAAGCCCAGGUUCUGCCGAUGCAGACGGCCCACCGGCAGCCGUAUGCGAAUAUGGUGUUUGCAUGGUGGAUGCAACGACGGCAACGUUUAGCCUGGGGCAGUUCGCUGAUGACCCCGCGCGCUCACGCCUUCGAACCCUCCUUGCGCAGCAGCUGCCGGUUGAGAUUGUGAUGGAAAAGGACAACUUGUCGGAGACUACCCUUCACAUGAUCAAGUGCAUGGCCCCGCUGGCAUCGCACAUGACCUUGCACAAAGGGACCGAGUUUUGGGAUGCUUCCCGGACGGUGCAAGAGCUUAAGAACCGCCGGUACUUCCGCAACGAGAGCAACGCGAAAGAGAAGAGCAGCGCCGGCGAUGGGAAGGGCAGUAACGUCGAGGACUGGCCACCAAUCCUGCGUGCUGUUGUUGAAGGUGGAAAGGAUGGCGCCUUGGCCCUAUCGGCUUUAGGAGGUGCCACGUGGCACACUCGACGAGCUCUCAUUGACCACGAUCUGUUGUCCAUGCGACGCUUUGUGGCGUACAUCCCCUCCGACAUGAAACAACCCGACUCCAACGCUGCGCCCAGCACCCCGAACGAUAGCCAAGAGGCGGGUGAUCUUCCAAGCGCUUCUUCACUACCAGGGAGCAGCGCACAGACCCCCUCUCAAUCGCACAUGGUGCUUGACGGGGUCUCUUUGUCAAACCUCGAGGUGCUGCGCAACAGCAGUGACGGUGGGGAAAAGGGAAGCCUGUGGGCUUUCGUCAACCGGUGCAGCACAGCAUUCGGGAGGCGUUUGCUCAAGGACUGGGUGCUCAAGCCGCUUCUUUUUCCAACGCACAUCAAUGGUCGUCUGGACGCGGUUUCGGAGCUUGCAGGCGACCUCUCUCCCGAAGCUGACGCCUCGCGAGCCCUGUUGAAGAAGCUUCCGGACGUGGAACGGCUGCUAUCGCGCGUGCACUCGAUGGCCUCCAAGCACAGGAGCAGCGAGCACCCAGAGAGCCGGGCCAUCAUGUACGAGGACACCAAGUACUCCAUCCGCAAGGUGAACGACUUUCUCAGUGUCCUGGAUGGGUUGGAGAAAGCGGACCGUUUGCCCGAGAUCUUCAAGUCAGCCUCGGUGGAGAGCGCCCUCUUGCGCAAGUGUGUCAUCUCCAAAUCUGAGGGUGGACAGUUUCCGGACAUGUCUUCAGCCAUCUCGUACUUCCGAAACGCCUUUGAUGCCGGCACGUCGAAGAAGAAAGGCCUGAUUGAGCUCAAGCCCGGGGUCGACGAAGACUUCGACAAGAUUAAGCCGCGCGGGCGAUACUUCGUUUGGCCUGUUUUGGCGCAGAUCGACAUCAAAGAAAUCAAGUCUGAGUUGGACGGACACCUCCGGGAACAACGCAAGCGCCUCGGUUGCUCCGACGCGGAAUACUGGCACAGCGCCAAGGAGAAGUACCAGAUCCAAGUGCCGGAGAGGUACUUCUCCAAGAAUCGUCAGCCGUCAGACUACGAGCUCAAGAGCAAGAAGAAGGGCGCCUUGCGGUUCUGGACACCCUUCAUUAAGGAUCAUCUUGAACAGCUUGCUGCUGCAGAGCAGCGACUUGGCGAUGCCCAGAGAGACCAGAUGCGAGGCUUGUUCGCCAAGUUUGAUGAGCACAGGGAGCUCUGGGCAAGUACGGUGCGAUGCCUGUCGCACUUGGAUGCCGUUCUCUCUCUGGCGGAGGUGUCCGCCCAGCCGGGGUUCUCGAGGCCACGGUUCCACGACGGAGCCUCGACGCCGUCCUUCAUCCGCCUCAAGAAUGCGCGGCACCCGUGCCUGGCACAAACCUAUCAAGGGGGCGAGUAUAUCCCAAACGACGCCACUCUUGGGGCGGCACCAGCGGGGAUCUCCGAUGAUGCGCCUGCUGCGCCAAACAUGCUCCUGCUCACCGGACCAAACAUGGGCGGGAAGUCCACCCUUCUUCGGCAGACCUGCCUCGUCGCCAUCCUUGCACAGGUGGGCUGCUUUGUUCCCGCGGACGAGGCGCACCUCACGCCACUCGACAGGAUUUUCACGAGGGUUGGAGCAUCAGACCGUAUCCUGGCCGGACAGUCGACCUUCUUUUUGGAGCUCAGCGAGACUGCGAACAUUCUUCACCACGCCACGAGCAGGAGCCUCGUUAUUCUUGAUGAAUUGGGGCGAGGUACCUCGACUUUCGACGGUACAGCUAUCGCUCACGCUGUCGCUCACUACCUGGUGAAGAGUGCUAAGUGCUUGGCAAUGUUCGCGACGCACUAUCACUCUUUGGUGGAAGACUGGGGUCAUCACAGCGAGGUGGCAUUGGGACACAUGUCAUGCUUGGUAGAGGACAAUGGGGGAGAGCAGAGGGUAACCUUCCUCUACAAGCUCGCCCCCGGCCCUUGCCCCAAGAGUUUCGGGAUCAACGUGGCCCGCUUGGCUCAACUCCCAGAUGCCGUCAUCUCUGCGGCGCAGCUCAAGUCGGAAGAGUUCGAGCGCGCUUUGUCUCUUCAGCACAGUGCUGUGGCCGGCGACGAGAAGGGCCGUCUAGCCCUCAAAUUGCUCGCGUUGCUUUCGGAUGGCGACGACAGCGAGUCGGCGCAGGCCGGCGAGGAGCUGCAGAAGAUGUGGAACGAGGCCCAUGCGCCAACCACAACUUGACCGGUCGCCGGCGGCGUAGUUCGUUGGUGUAUUUAAUUUAGGGUGGUCUUCAUUAUCCGCGUACCAUGUCGUGAUGCCAGACACCAGGAGUUCUUUCGGUACAUAGCAACAACAGUUUUUUUGCUUUUUUUCCAUGAGGAACCCAGAUACGU